AGGUCGCUGUUGGACAUCGAAAACGUCGAGCGGACAAUUGAAAGAUUGUGUUGCAGAGUGUUGACUUCCUUGGCGGGACCUGUGAUUCGCUGUCUGGAUGACUGAGAGUGUCGACGGUUGACAUCUGCCCGAUAAUAUUAGCCAGGACGUUUUUCUGCACAAGUUGCCACGUGCCCCAAAUAAUAUCCACACCAACCGCCUUGCUCAUUUUUCUCAUCUCUCUUCACUAGUCUAGCGUACCUCUGCUAUCACAAGAGUUCGACUGGGUCUUCGCCUUGCUUUGGUACUCGACCUUCCUGUAUAUCUGGCUCCUCACUUCAUCGUCUUCUCGUCUGUGACUGGAAACUUGAUCGUUUAAUAUCAUCGUCUUACACCACUCGUUUUGUCACCGUCAUACGUCCCCUCGACCCAAGUCUCCGGUUUCGCUGCACCCCUACCCACACGCGUCGUUUAUAACGACCAAAGCGAAGCAACCAUUCUUAACCUUUUACCAAUCACUUGGCCCCCUCCCCAUUGUGGAGACUUUGCUGUCGUUUUCUUGUUGCCAUAGUCAUGUGAGUAACUCGUGCCUUUCGUUUGUUUGCGCACUCCUCUCACUGUUUCUGCGAUGUUUGCCACGCCCAGGCUUUAUUAGAGCCGUAAAUACUUUGAAGAGGACUAGCUCGCUCGCUGUGUGCUUUUGAACCAUACCUCCGUAAUUCAUUGUGUGCAGGCGGGGUCAGCUUUCGUUGGACACCAUGUCUGAAUACUCGUCAGCAAUCGUGGAGUCCCCAACUGCAAUCCACAGUUCACCGCUGUCUGCAUCUCGUUCUACUUCUGGACGACCAAGCAGGCGUUCGGACUCUAAACAUGGAGAUACAUCUACUCCGGCGCGACAUCAGUCAUUUAAUGCGCCUUCAAACUCGUCGCAGAUCUUACCUCAUUCCCUGCACCGUUCACAUACCGCUGAUAUUUCAAACUUGUCUCGUACCGGGGAAACCGAGUCUAGAACAAGCAAACCCAGAGACGCUACCCAAAGUAGGUUGGCUUCCAAUCAUAAUCUGGCGCCAUUCCGACAUACUGUUGCUGGAUCUUUUGGACCAAACCUAGGAAAGCUUAGCUUGCAAACGAGGGUGAAUCCUGUUUCAUCGACCACACCUUCCUUUUCCUCUCGUCCUCUUCCCAGCGGGAGUCUCAGUAUCUCUGUGCCUAGCACUAUUUCCGUCGACUCUAUCUCAGAGUCUACUUCCACCGCCGGAGCACGUAGGGCGUUUGCUUCUGCAGAAGCCCUUUCGUCGCCAUACGCUCCUUCGCAACCGUCAACUUCCUCUCACACUUUACCAAACCUUCGUACGCCUUCUGCUUCACGUGCAGCGACCGCCUCUGCGUCUCGAAAAUCUUCCGGGACUAGCUCGGACCGCGAGGUUAAUGGACACCUGGAUCUGAAACGGCUUCUGAGCAAGCCUGCCGCUCUUCCAGGACAUUCAGGUUCUUCUAUCAUCUCUUUAUCGUCUGAUGCUGAGCUCCCUACAUUGGGUUCGUCUCCUGGUGCUCGAAGAGCCAUGACCUCACCUGAUCCUGUGCUUCCGCGCAAAAUGAGCGUCACGAGCACGUCUAGGCCACGAGAAAAGAGCCCCACCAAACCUGCCACCGCUCCUCCAAGCCGGAGUCCAUCCGUAAAGCGAGGGUCGCCACAUACGUCUUCGAAGGAUUCUGAACGUGAGCUAAAUAGCAAGCCUCGAAACGUUCUCAGGCGAAAGGCCAGUAUUCAGUCCAACCCAUCCACUCCCACAGCCAGUACGUUCCAAAUCGACCACGGGGCCCCACAGACACCUCGUGCGUCGUCAUCGAAGCACAGUCCCAGAGCUUCUGAACCUACACGUACCUUAGGCUCUUCUUCUCGACGCCCAGUGACCCAGCCUAUGGAUGCGCCUCCGAUUCAUACUGUGAAGUUUGGCAAGUCUACCCCGCCUGUUGGUCUAACGCCCGCAGGCGCAGUUGUGCACGCAUAUAUGCAGCAGACGCAACGCCGGGAGGAACUGGAAGAUAUAUCAGGAUGGGACGAACAAAGACAGGGUAGUAGUCGACGUCUGCCCUUGUUAAAGACGUCGUCGUCGCAGGAAGAUUUCACUGGGGAAUCUUCGAAGGGCCCAUAUUAUACUGUCUAUGGAAGCUCCGCGGAAAAAGUGGUUACUGCUAAGGAGGACGAGGCUUGGGGACUCAGUUUUGAUUCCUACUAUGGGUGUGAUGACAGACCACGAACAGGCAAGUCCACUGUUGUGAUCUCUGGUGGAAGUGGUGGGACUGCAUCGGGAUCUUCGGGAGUUCGUAGUCUCACUCGAAAGGUCUCUGGGAGGUUCAGGAAGGUUGCAGGCGGUGGGAGGAGUCAUGACAGUCCUAAGUCAGAAGCUGAGGGCGGGAGCGUCCACGACAGGAGUUGGACCCCGUUCGAUGGGCGACCUGGCAUCCCAGAACAAUCCAGCAGUUCGUCCAAGCACGGAUCCCCGUUGCGGCCAUCAGUGGACGUGAAGGACAAGUUUUCGUCGCAUUCGUCGAGCACUGAUAAGAUCCACUCACCAGAUAGUAUGGAUGGUGGGAGGGAGGCUCGCAGAGAGCGUGCAGUACGCUCUCCGACUAAAGAGUAUGAGAGUCCCAAACAUAGACACCGAGAGGAAGAAUCGUCGUCAGGUGGGAAGUUGUGGAAGCUAAUGAAACGAAUCAGUACGGGCGGGCUGCGGGAUAAGUACCACCGUGAGCCUACACCUCCACCAGUGCCUGCACUUCCCAAGAAUCUACUACCCGCGUCUCGGAUGACUUUAGAUAUUCAAAAACCUCGCGACCAGGAUAAUGUUGGUGAGACCGGUGUUCUCCUUUCGAGAUUUAUGCAGUCCCGAACGUCGCUUUCUGGCGUUCGUCCUUCGACUUCACCCGGGAUGAGGGAGAAGACUCAGCAUGAUUUCAGUUCGAGACCAUCGACUGGAAAAGCAUCGGCCAGUCCUUCUGCUCCUCGCCAGAGUACGACGACUCGCUCCUCAUCCCCUAUGUCAUCAGAAUUCGCAUCUCCCCGCUUCACGAAGUCACACUCGAAUCGCUCCUCCACAUCUUCCUAUGGCGAAGAAAUACCUCCUUUACCGACUACUCCGAACGGCGCUGUUGUCCAGCACAUAUUAUCACCGAGUGAACUGAUGCAACUUAGCAAAGAUGAUGACGGCCCACCACGCAGUCCUUCUAGACCACGUCGAACUGGUCGUUCUCGUUCUGUUCCCACUGAAGAAUCUGGCUUCAAUAGUGCCGAAGAAUCGCGUCCUUCGUUGCCAAUUCCUCCUAGACGACCGGCUACUUCGAAUGGACUGGACAAGAGAGGAGGUUCUCCUCCUUCCCCUACUAUUCCCACAUUCAAGACUGUUGACAGUGUCAAUAACUUUCCUCUGUCUGCGUCGUUGUCUCUGUCCAUGUCCGAGUUCGGCGUUAUACCAGAAAAUGAUGCACCUCCUCGACCCCGUCGCAGCUCUCGGCGACAUCCCGCUCCUUUGGAUAUCAGUUCAUCUUCUUCGUCGCAUAGCCUUUCACAACCCUCACCUCCUCGAAGAUCACUCCUUCCUUCGCUUUCUCUCGAUCUCGUCCACCGGACUCGUAAAUCUAUAAGCGGUUCAACCCAUCGUAUAUCUCCACGAACGAGCACUCCUCCACAGUCAUCAUCAACAUCACAGUCACGUUCUCCGCUCACCUUCCGUGAAUUAGAAUCUCCACGUCAACAGCUGACGGAAAAGGAAAAGGCCGACAAGUGGGAUGAUCUUCUGGCGCGGAGCGAGCGUGCAGGAGGGACAUUACAUCUUGGAGAGACCGGUUUAAUGUCGGAUAACAUACGAUUUUCUGCCUUUGGCGACCUUUGAGGACCAUUGUCUGGCACACAUGUUCCCGUACAAACUCACAAGAUACCCCCUCAGACGUCAGUCUCCCCUGGCGUUGUACGUGCACUGGUUGCUUCACACAAUUGCUCAUCGAAAGGAGAUAAUGUCUACGGACCUGCAUGGCUAAUAUUAACCUACAUCUCAUGGUUUAUCUCGUCUAAUGAACCAUUCCUUGUACUUUGCAUUUACGACUCUAUACCCUUUGCACGAAGCUUUGCUUAUAUACAUAGUAUUUCGCUACCUACACAUGCUUUCGUACCAUCAUCCUGAAUGAUAUCCCAUCGUCCCAGCCGCUUUGCUGCAUACUCACGUUGUCGAGAGUACUUGAACGUUGAAUCUU